UAGUCGUAUCUUUUAUUCGAUGGAUAAUGUUCAAGGCUACUUCUGUUAGUAAGGGGGUUUAGGGCAAAACAGAAAUUGCAAGAGCGAGAGAGUUUGUUAGGGUAGGAAUCAAGGAUUCAUCGUCAGUUUCUGUCAUUUGAAGAGUAUCAUCUAAUAAUGGUAUUGGUAACAAAACGAUAAACUGAAGAGCUCCAGUGAACUUCAGAAACAACAUUAUUGAGGAAUAUGCAAUCCUGUUCGAUGCUUCGGCGAUGUUGCUGCUACAAUGGAGCAUCUUCUGGUCUUAAACCUGCGACCAAGAAGAAACAGCUUGUUUUCAUGGGAUCCCCUGAGGUGUCGGUAUCUGUUCUAGACGCCUUAUUUGAUGAAUCCAAAGCUCCUGAUUCUCCAUUUCAGGUUGCAGCAAUAGUCACACAACCCCCUUCAAGAAGAGAUAGAGGGAGAAAGGUGAUGCCUUCACCUGUUGCACAACAUGCUUUGGACAGAGGUUUCCCAUCAGAUCUCAUUUUCACUCCACAAAAAGCUGGGGAGGAAGAAUUUUUAUGUGAUCUCAGAGCCUUAAAACCUGAACUGUGCAUUACAGCAGCCUAUGGGAAUAUUUUACCUAGAAAGUUUCUGAAGAUUCCACCACUUGGAACAGUCAAUGUUCACCCGAGUUUGCUGCCUCUCUAUCGAGGUGCUGCCCCUGUUCAAAGAGCAGUGCAGGAUGGUGUUAAAGAAACUGGAACAUCACUUGUGUACACAGUUCGUGCGCUAGAUGCUGGCCCAGUUAUUGCCUGUGAAAGAUAUGAAGUUGAUGACCGUAUUAAGGCGACAGAAUUACUGACCAUUUUAUUUGAAAAGGGGUCUGAACUUCUAAUCCGUGAACUUCCUUCUAUAUUUGAUGGAUCUGCAAGGGAAAGAGCACAACCACAAGAUGACUCCAAAGCUACUCAUGCCGCGAAGCUAACACCGGAAGAAGCCUGGUUGUCCUUUGAUCAAGAAGCUUUUGUCCUACACAAUAAGGUUCGAGCUUUUGCAGGUUGGCCUGGAACCCGAGCAAAAAUCUGCAUUCUUGACCCUCUGAAUGGUCAGCAGGACACUCUUGAGGUUAAAAUAAUUACCACGAGAAUUUGCAUCCAAAAGGAUGUUCAGGAUCAUGUUAAGGAUGACGUAACUCUUGUUGGGGGUGCCCUGCAGUUCCCAUGUGGUGGAGACACAACACUAGAGAUACUUGAACUCCAGCUUCCAGGUAAGAAACCAGUGAACGCAGCUUCCUUUUGGAAUGGGUUACGGGGACGUAAGGUCCAAAGGUUAUGAUGCAUUGUUGGAUUUGCCUCCUAUUAGCUUGUGUAAUUAAAUUAUUCUUAGUGCAGUUUCAUUACUACUUCUGCUCUGCAGGGUUGUACUUUUCCGCUGGAAUUGAAUUUGUAGCCAUCAGAAUCAAUCACCAAUUUUGUUACACUUCAUUUUGGCCAAAACUUGGUCUUGUAUUUUGGUUUGUUAUCAUUCUAUUUUCAACAAAGGAAAUUUUUGUUAUUUGCUA